AUGGAGGACUUCUCCCGCAGCUCUGGGCUCAGCCACCUCACCUCCCUGCUCCUCAUCCUCCUGCUACCCACUGGGGAGUCCACAGAGGAGUUCCGGGUGAUUGGCCCUUUGGACCCCAUAGUGGCAGUGCUGGGUGGAGAAGCUGUGCUGCCCUGCUCCCUAUUUCCGGCUGUGAGUGCGGAGGACAUGGAGCUGAGGUGGUACCGCUCCAGUUUUUCGGAAGCCGUGUUUGUCUAUCAGAACCGACAGGAGCAGAAGGAGGAGCAGAUGGCUCCUUACACGGGGCGGACCUCACUGAUGGGGGACCUUCUCAACCAGGGAUAUGCUGCCGUGCGCAUCCAGAGGGUCCAGGCUUCUGACAAUGGGCUGUACAUCUGCUUCUUCAGAAAGGGAAGCUUCUACAAAAAGGCUGGUUUGGAGCUGAAGGUGGCAGGUGUGGGCUCUGCCCCUCAGGUGCGCAUCACAGGGCUUGAGGAGGAUGGGGUCCGUGUGGUGUGCACGGCCUCAGGAUGGUUCCCGAAGCCCCAGGUGCAGUGGAGAGACCUCAGCGGAGAGAAGUUCCUGGCGUUCUCUGAGGCCCACACCCAGGAUGCUGAAGGGCUGUUCAGUGUGGAGGCAGUGCUGGUGGUGAGAGACAGAUCUGUGGGGAAUGUGACCUGCUCCAUCCUCAACCCUGUCCUGGGCCAGGAGAAGGCCAUGGCCAUUUUCAUCCCAGAGCCCUUCUUCCCCCAGGCCUCUCCCUGGAAGGUGGCUUUCUCGGUGAGCCUGACUGUGCUGGUGAUCUUGCUCCUUGGGGCUGGAUGGUACACCAAGAGAGAACAUUCCUUGAAGGUGCAGGAGAUGCGAGAAAAGGAAACUCUGUGCCAGAUUAGAGAGCAGGACCAUCAGACAAAGGAGGAAGUGCUCAAGGAUGCAGGUAAGGCAGGAGAGGGGUCAAGGCUGGUGAAUGUGGUGGCUGCCUGGAGGCAGGCCCAGCUGUAUGCAGAUUGGCGGAAGGAGGAGUUCCAGGAAUGGCCUGUCACUCUGGAUCCAGCAUCUGCCCAUUCAGACCUUGUCGUCUCUCAUGAAAAGACACGUGUGACCUUGAAGGACUCCUAUGUGACCUCUGGAGAUACCCGCAGUGUACUGGGCUUUGAGGGCAUCACAUCAGGGCGCUGUUACUGGGAGGUGGAGAUCAGGGAUGGAGACCAAAGCGAGUGGGUGCUGGGGAUCUGUAGGGAAGGUGUGAACCAGAAAGGCUGGUAUGUAGAGUCCCCAGAAAAGGGGUUCUGGGUUGUGGGGAGGUUUGAAGGAAAAUAUUGUGCCUGUACUGCAAAGCAGACUCUGCUAUCCUUCAUGCAGGCUCCCCACCCCAGGCUUAGGAUGGGAGUGUUUCUGGAUUACCAGGAAGGGGACGUCUCCUUCUACAACAUGGCUGAUGGCUCCCACAUUUUCUCCUUCCCUCAGGCUUCCUUCUCUGGGACCCUCUUUCCAUACUUAAUGAUCAGAUUAGGAGACGUGUCCCUGACCGUGUGCUCCAAGGUGGGAGGGUCUGAGGGGCUCCCCGUUGCCCUUAGCAAUCCUUCUCUGGAGGAGCCUGUGAGCCUCCCAGGGGCGGGGUUCAGCUCAGGCUCUGGUGCUGACGGUCCUCCAGGGGCCGAGUCUCCCCUGCUCCCCUGCAACCCCGAGGCUGUGUCCCCCUAG